GCAGCAGGAGCAGCAGUGGCCGCCGCUGCGGCCUGAGAUCUUUUUGUCUGUGAGGUAGAGUGAGGAGCGGUGAAUUCCGCGGCCGCUGUAGUCGGCAGUCCCCUGCGCGGGUACAUCAGCGAAAGGGCCCCGGGAGGGGGGAAAUCCGGAACGGACUGCCACCGCCAUCACGGACGUUAGCACCCACGGACCGGGGCCGCCGGCAUAAGGCAGUUACACAAAGGGAGAUAGGGAGCCCGUAGCGGCCCGGCACCAACAUGCUCCGUGUCAGACAGGAACCGGCCGGCUGCCCGUGCUGAAGGUGGCGGAGACAGACAAACGAGGAGCAGCUUGCCAACCCCGGCCAGGCCGUCGCUGCUCGCCACCGCCAAUCCACUUGUCGACGCUCUCUGUUUUCCCCCCCUUUCUUGUGUUCGUUGCUGUUUCCCGCGGCCUCCUCUACCUGAACUUUUCCCAUCUCUUGGUGUACUGGGCUUGCCGGACCCCCGUGUCCUCCCAGCACCUCCUGUGCGGUCCAUGAGCGGGCUGCCUGCUCUCCUGAGAGCCAAGGAGCGGGAGGCCGACACCCCCUGGCCUCAGAGCUGCUCCCUGUAAAUAAGUGUGGGUAUCCGGAGAUCUCCACACCGAUAUCACUAAUCGGUUAUCUGAGGACAGCCCCGGGAUCAGCUCUGUCCUCUGUGGACCUGAAUCACCAAACAUGUCUAACUCGACGGUCAAGUGUGAACCGAAUCACCGGAGGAAGGGGCUGGCUUUUCUGGACGAGCUGCGGCAGUUCCACGAGAGUAGAGGCAGGUCACGCUUCAGGAAACUACCCGCCGUUGGGGGCAGAGAGCUCGACCUGCACUCCCUCUACACGAGAGUCACCACUUUGGGAGGAUUUGCCAAGGUAUCCGAAAAGAACCAGUGGGCUGAGAUAGCGGAGGAUUUUAACUUCCCGAGAGGUUGUGCAAACGCUGCGUUCGCUUUGAAACAGUAUUAUUUACGUUAUUUGGAGAAAUAUGAGAAAGUGCAUCAUUUUGGAGAGGAUGAUGACGAAGUCCAACCUGGAAACCCCAAACCGCAGCAACCAGCGGGUGCAAUACCAUGUUCCUACAACUAUCAGCAGCACAUUGUACCAGAUUAUCUACGACAAAGUUACGGGCUUACUAUGGACUUCAACACACCAAAUGAUUACAACAAACUGGUGCUUUCACUUUUAUCUGGACUCCCGAAUGAAGUGGACUUUGCAAUUAAUGUGUGCACACUUCUGUCCAAUGAAAGCAAGCAUGUAAUGCAGCUCGAGAAGGACCCCAAGAUAAUCACUUUGCUGCUGGCUAAUGCUGGGGUGUUUGAUGACACUCUAGGAUCUUUUUCUGCGGUGUUUGGUGACGAGUGGAAGGAGAAAACAGAUAGAGAUUUCAUACAGUUUUGGAAGGAUAUCGUGGAUGACAGUGAAAUACGUGACCUCAUAUACGACAAAAGUAGAUCUCAAGAAGGUACAUCGCAAGAGUCCUUAUGGGACUCCCUUUUUCACCCUCCAAGGAAACUGGGCAUUAAUGACAUUGAAGGCCAACGUGUUCUCCAAAUAGCUGUCAUUUUACGAAAUCUUUCCUUUGAAGAAAGCAAUGUGAAGCUUUUGGCAGCUAAUCGUACCUGUCUCCGAUUCCUAUUACUAUCGGCUCACAGUCAUUUUAUUUCCCUACGGCAAUUGGGACUUGAUACAUUGGGAAAUAUUGCAGCAGAGCUUCAGUUAGAUCCUGUCGACUUCAAAACCACUCACCUUAUGUUCCAUACUAUUACUAAAUGCCUAAUGUCAAGGGAUAGGUUCUUAAAAAUGAGGGGCAUGGAGAUUUUAGGAAACCUGUGUAAAGCUGAUGACAAUGGGGUUCUUAUUUGUGAGUACGUGGAUCAAGAUAGCUACAAGGAAAUAAUCUGUCAUCUGACUUUACCGGAUGUGCUUCUUGUAAUCGCUACACUUGAGGUGUUGUAUAUGCUCACUGAGCUGGGAGAAGUGGCCUGUGUGAAAAUCGCAAAUGUAGAGAGGAGUAUAGAUACUCUUGUAUAUCUGAUAUCUAUGGACAUUAAUAUGUUUGGAGCUGAUGCAUUAACAGCAGUGAAGCUUAUUGAACAUCAAAGCUCAAACCACCAAGUUGUUUCCGAAAUCCGGCCUCAAACAGUGGAACACGUUCCUGCGGCAGUUAAUGCAAGUCCUGCUCCCGCUUCGCGUCCGGUUCAGGCACACACUGUUCCGCCACCUGGAAUUGUAGAGAUAGACAGUGAAAAGUUUGGUUGUCAGUGGUUAAAUGCAUAUUUUGAGGUGAGUCCUGAUUGCUCUUUCUCCCGGUCCGAAAUGUAUUCGGAAUACCUCUCUACCUGCAGCAAGUUAGCAAGAGGCGGAAUCCUAACUUCCUCUGGAUUUUACAAAUGUCUUAGGUCUGUUUUUCCAAACCACUCGAUAAAGAGAGUAGAGGAUCCAAAUAACAAUGGUCAAGCUCAUAUCCACGUGGCUGGAGUCAAAAGGAGGGCCUUACCACUUCCUAUUCAAAUGUACUAUCAGCAGCAGCCAGCUCCAGGCGUCACAGAUGCUGCUCUGUCAAAUUCUGCAGCAAACCAUUUCCAGAGAGUCUCAAUAACCAACCAAGCACCUAAUCUGACCGCAACACAGAUGUCUUUUCCCAUUCAAGGCGUCCACAGUGUAGCACAAACAAUUUGUCGGAUUCCACAAAAUCCUUUGAGUCAAGCUCAACAGCAGCAUCAAAACUCCACAGUGACUGUAAUACAUAACAAAACUCCAAUUUCGUGUGAAGUUGUUAAAGCUGCUGUAAUACAGGGCUGUGUUCAGCAUUCAGGCGUUCCUGUUAGUAUAGCUUUGGCAGGAUCGUCCCAAGCGCCUUUAGUCCAAAAUCACAGCGUUGCGGGCCAGCAAUCUUCUGUUACUGUAGUAGGAUCUCAGGCAUUAUUUCACCAUCCAUCUGUUAUUCAACAACAAUCUCCAUUGCAUACUGUCGUACCAGGCCAGAUAACAUCGGGCACUCCUGUAGCAGUGAUCCAGCAAGCUGUACCCCAAGGCCACAUAUUUGGUAGGGUGCAAAACAUGCCACCAGGUACAUCAGCAAUUACACAAGGGCAGCAGUUAAUUACCACAUCCUCACAAACUGUCCAGGUCUCAUCUCAGCAAUCUCAAGCUUCAAACCAGCAAAAUGAUACUGUAAUCAUAACACCCCAACAGUACGUAACAACGUCUUCAUCUAACAUUGUAUCGGCGACUACCGUGCAGAGUUUCCAAGUUGCAGCUGGACAGGUAGUUACCAUAGCAGGAGUCCAAAAUCCCCAAACGUCUAGAAUUGGUUUUCAGAACAUUGCUCCUAAACCCCUUUGUUCUCAGCAAGUAUCUUCAACAAUGGUUCAACAGCCUAUCCAGCAACAGCCCCAGCAGAGUGUUGUGAUUGUCAGUCAGACAUCCCAGCAUGGUCAGGCAUAUGCACCAGCCAUUCACCAAAUUGUGCUUGCUAAUCCAGCCGCUAUUCAAGCUUCACAAACUGUUCAGUUAACAGGUCAGACGAGCAUGUCCCCAUCUUCUUCUACAAUAACACCUACAAAUAACCAGCUCCCACCAAUUAUGACCUCUCCUCCUACAACUCCAGUUCCCCAAGGACCUCCUCCUACUGUUAGCCAAAUGCUUUCUGUAAAGAGACAACAGUUGUCACCAGCAUCUCCCCAGCAACAGCAGGCACAAGCUCAACAACAGGCACAAGUACAAGCUCAGCAACAGCAACCACCCCAGCAGGUGCAAUUACAGGUACAGCAGCAGCAGCAGCAGACUCCCAGUGGAGGAGUUGGACAUGCCACUCCAGGUGAAUCAAGCCUCAUUAAACAGCUGCUUUUACCAAAACGAGGACCUUCAACACCAGGUGGAAAACUUAUACUUCCUGCUCCACAAAUACCUCCCCCAAAUAAUACACCAUCACCUAGUCCCCAGGUUGUUUACCAAGUGGCAAAUAAUCAGACCCCUUCGCUUGGCGUCCAAGGACAGCCACCAGCUCCACAAAUCCUUGUAGGACAACAGAACAUGCAGUUAGUCCAGGGUGCAAUGUCUAACCAGAAUUCAGUGCAGACCGUUCCAAUCUCAAAUUUACAGAUCUUGCCUGGCCAGUUAAUUUCUAAUUCCCCGGCAACCAUUUUCCAAGGAACAACAGGCAAUCAAGUUACCAUAACAGUUGUGCCAAACACAAGUUUUGCUACUGCAACCGUAAGCCAGGGUAAUACAACUCAGAUUAUUGCACCGGUGAGCGGGACGCAAACAGGAGUUGGCCUUCAGGUACAGAGCCUACCUGCUGCUCUUUCCCAGCCAGGUAGCCAAUUACCAGGAUCUGCUGCUUCUUCCCCAUUUAAAGGUGAUAAAAUAAUUUGCCAAAAGGAAGAAGAAGCAAAGGAAGCCACAGGUUUGCACGUACAUGAACGUAAAAUUGAAGUGAUGGAAAAUCCUUCCUGUCCAAAAGCUUCUGCAAACACCAGCAAUGGUGACACCAAUGACAAUGACGCCCAAACGGGAAAUCUUUUAAAUGGUAAAAAAUAUGACUCCAGUCUACCUCCUUCAAACUCAGGGAAAACUCAGAAUGAGGCCAGUCAGGGUCUCCUGGUCACAAAUGGGUCAUCUGUGGAACAGGGGGAAAACGGAGCUCCCGGGAAACAGUGCUCUGAGCCGACUGAUGUGCAGGAUACAAAAAAUGACUUAAAAAGGCCACAAGUUAAUGGGAUUUGUGAUUUAGACAGCUCUCAUAUGAGCAAAAACAUUCCAAAUCACAAAGCUUCCAACCAUGUGGGAAAUGGUGAAAUCUCUCCAAUGGGGCAACAAGAACUUCUUCUGAAUUCUUCACAAGUAACUGCCAAAGGCGAUCAAGUUGAAAAACUUUCUAAUGGACCUAUAUUACCCAACAGUGUGUCACAUUUUGCAAGCAACAUUAACGAUGCUUCUAGUCUAGCUAUUCAGAUACAUUGUGGCAAACCUACAGACUUGCCUAAUGGACCCGUGCUUUCAAGUUUGAAUUCAGAUGUGCCUCAGCAGCGACCAUCCGUAGUUGUCUCCACACAAUCUACAGCUCCUGUUUUACCAGGACAUCAAGUUAUAGCUUUGUCCCACACAGGACCUAGAGUUUCUCCGUCUGUCCCUCCAGCGGAUGUUCGAUCUAAUGGCACGGCAGACUGCAAACCCGCUAAGAGACCAGCAGAUGAGAAUGGCAGGGAAUCGGUCCCAGUCAUUCCAAAUAAAGUGGGUGUGAGGAUAGUUACAAUUAGCGAUCCUAACAAUGCGGGCUGCAGUGCUACAAUGGUUGCUGUUCCAGCAGGAGUUGAUCCAAGCACUGUGGCUAAAGUAGCAAUAGAGAGCGCUGUUCACCAAAAGCAGCAGCAGCAGCAGCACCCACAAUCCUUUGUACAGACUAUGGUUGCGCAGAGUACACCUGUGACAACACUACCAGCACUGCAAGUACAAGGCCACCUAGUCAGCUCUCAGCCCUCGUCAUACCCUUCAACGACCGCCAGUCCCCACACGGAGCAAAUGAAAAAACCGGGACAGAACUUUAUGUGUUUAUGGCAGUCAUGCAAGAGGUGGUUUGAAACUCCAUCCCAGGUUUUCUACCAUGCAGCAACAGAGCAUGGGGGUAAAGAUGUGUACCCCGGGCAGUGUCUGUGGGAAGGCUGCGAACCUUUUCAGCGCCAGAGGUUUUCUUUCAUUACCCACUUACAAGACAAGCACUGUUCGAGAGAUGCUUUGCUAGCAGGUCUAAAACUGGAGGAGCAAGGACAGGCUGGGAAUCAAAAAACUUCCAAUAAACAACCUGCUGCAGGUGCUUCAUCCACUCCCAGAGCACAGAAGGCUAUUGUGAACCAUCCGAGUGCGGCCCUUAUGGCAUUGAGACGGGGAUCAAGAAAUCUGGUCUUCAGAGACUUUACGGAUGAAAAAGAGGGACCAAUCACAAAACACAUACGAUUAACAGCUGCCUUAAUAUUAAAAAAUGUUGCAAAACACUCAGAAUGUGGUCGCAGAUCGUUAAAAAGACAUGAAAACCAAUUAUCAGUUCUAGCCCUUAGUAAUAUGGAAGCUUCCUCCACACUUGCCAAAUGCCUUUAUGAACUCAAUAUUACAGCUCACAGUAAAGAACAAGAAUCAGACUGUGAAAUGCUGCAGUGAAAAGAAUGCCCGUUGUACACCGGGGACUGUGUAGUCACACAACAUUUCAAAUACUGUUACCGAGGAAAGCACUAAGUCUUAAUGGGACAGAAAUCCUAGAUUGCAUUACUCUAUCCUCUCCCACCAUGCUUAGAGGAAACGUCACAUUGUGAUCACCGAAUGAAUCCCUCUGUUCUCUGUAAAAAAACAAAAAAAAAUAAAAUAAAAAAAAUAUAAAUAGAAAAAAUACAUUAAAAAAAGGACAAAAAAAACAAACUGCCACAGGAUUUUCAACCAGCAGUCUACGGGAUAUCUGUCGCAGUCUAUCAGUCCUGAAGGGAACUGGUGUGUUCAGAAUUCAGUACCAUCCACAUUGGAAUAAACAUGGAAACGUUGUAAAACCUACAUGAGCAGAAUAAAUAGAAGCAUUAAAAUAUUUUUAUCUAUAUCCAAAUGGAGCACAUUUUUAUAUUUACGGAACUCUUUAAGCUGGUUUGGAUAAAAAUGUCAGCACAUCUGUAACCCCCAGCAUUGGUGGGUGCCACCAAUUUCUCGCUAUGGAUUGCGUGUUUUGUUUAGAAUUCAGUAGCUUGGUUUUCUUACUUGAGCCAAUAUAUUUUCACGUAUUUAUUAUCAUAAAAUUUACCAGUCUGAAUAGAUCUUGUAAAUAUUGUGAAUAGAACACGAUUCAUGCCACUGCAGCCACUGGAAGAAAUGCAUUCUGUGGUGUUCUAGAAGCGUUCUAGCUAGGUUCAAUUUUUUUUUUUUUUUUAAAAAAGACUUUCCUGUCAAUUGUAACUAAUUGUGAUAUAUUCUGCGCAGUGGAUGAAUGUUCUUUAAAUUUGUGUAAAUAAUUCUGGAAAGGUACCGAUGCUGUAAAGUCAAAACAGUUUUGUGGAACUGUGAUAUUUCUCCCCCCACUUUUUUCUUUUUUUUUUAUUUUAUUUGUAUUAUACACCUUGUAGAACUCAUUUUGCUGGCUGAAAGAGUAUGAAAUAAUAUAUCACAUGUCAUUUUUGUAGAAGAAAAACUAUUUGAAGGUAUUUUUGUUUUUUUUCCCCCUCCUCCAACAUAUAUCCACUGUAAACGUUUGUCAUAGUGCAAGCUCAGAGCUUGUACAGAAUUUUUUGUAUUUGUAAAUUGGUUUAAAUACAUGGAUUUUUAUACAGGUUUUCUCCUGUGUUAUAUUUGCAUUAAGUGCAGGUAUGAUAUUUUCUUCACUACUUUUUCUAUCUUAAUAUAUAUAGUGUGGGAUUUUAUUGUAUUAUCUUCCAUUCUUAAUACUGUACCACAUUCCUGCUCAGACCCUGCUCACGUCCUUAAAUUUGUUUCUCCUCUCCCCCCCUUUCACCUCGGCGUGAAGUGUAUCCAUUUAUAACUGCCUGUUGUAUUAGCAUCCAACAAUGUGGAAAAACUCCCAGCCACCAUUUCUGCUGUGUCCGUAGGAUGUGCAGUAAAGAUAUAGACCUAACAGUUUAUGUUAUAGAAUGGCUUUAUUUACUUUGGUGACUGUUUAUAGUUUUUAAAUAAAAGACUGAACAUUUCCUGGUCUCUUAUUUUAAAGACGUACAUCUGAUUGAUGGAAAAAAGUAGGAAAUUGACUGUUUACUUAUAGUACUAAUUAUAUUCCUGUUUAAGAUUUAUUUAUUAAAGUUUGUGUAGUUUAUAAAUAUAUGAAGAUUUUUUAAAUAUACACAAAAAAAUAUACUAUUGCUGUUGUCCUUAGGAUAAGCAGCAUAUAACAUGCUUUGUUUAGUAUAGCUGGUACGAAGAAAAGGCAAAUUGGAACAGAACCGUACAUUUUAAGUGUACUUACAGUAAAUCGUAUAUGAUUUCAAUUAAAUCUUAAACCAAA